AUGGCCGACGUAGACCACUGGAUUGAUAUCGCAAAACAAUGCAAAUAUCUGCCAGAAAAUGAUUUAAAGAAACUGUGUGACAUGGUUUGUGAGCUGUUGCUGGAAGAAUCCAAUGUCCAGCCAGUGCAGACACCGGUCACUGUAUGUGGUGACAUCCACGGACAGUUUUAUGACCUGAUGGAGCUGUUCCGAACUGGUGGAGAAAUGCCAGACACAAACUAUGUCUUCAUGGGAGACUUUGUUGACAGAGGCUACUUCAGUUUGGAAACCUUCACAUUGCUCAUGACCUUGAAGGCUAAAUGGCCUGACAAGAUUCUGCUGUUGAGAGGCAAUCAUGAAAGUCGUCAGAUCACACAAAUUUAUGGGUUUUAUGAUGAGUGCCAGACAAAGUAUGGAAACGCAAAUGCAUGGAGAUACUGCUGUCGCGUGUUUGAUCUUCUAACUAUUGCUGCUAUUAUAGACGAGGUAAUAUUGUGUGUGCACGGAGGCCUGUCCCCUGACAUAAAAACUAUUGAUCAGAUCAGGACAAUUGAGAGGAACCAAGAGAUACCUCACAAGGGGGCUUUCUGCGACUUAGUGUGGUCUGAUCCAGAAGAUGUGGAUACGUGGGCCAUGAGCCCUAGAGGUGCAGGGUGGCUGUUUGGAGCUAAAGUCACCAAUGAGUUCAUGAACAUCAACGACCUCAAGUUGAUCUGUCGGGCACAUCAGCUGGUCAAUGAAGGCUACAAGUUCAUGUUUGACGAGAAGCUAGUGACAGUGUGGUCGGCCCCCAACUAUUGCUAUCGUUGUGGCAACAUCGCAGCUGUUCUCUCCUUCUCUGACUCAGACCACAAAGAAGCCAAACUAUUCCGAGCUGUCCCAGACAGUGAGCGGGUUAUACCACCCAGAAACCAGACUCCAUAUUUCUUGUAA